CACGGAAGGGACGUCGUUCAUCUCUUUUCAACUGUUCAAACUAACAACAGUUUAUUAGUUUCGCUUCGAGCCAAGCUUCGUCUAUAAUACGUCGUUUUGAAAACUUCCCCGUUUUGUAUGUUGUUGGACCACAUCAUGUGUGUUGGGACCCUCAGCCUGGGAGUCUUCCUUCUCUUGGCAAUUUGUCACAGUUUUGCUUCAACUCAGGAGCUGCACAAACCACCCACAAACAUUGCUGUGGUAGGAGCAGGCAUCGGCGGCUCGGCCGCAGCCUUCUACUUGAGGCAGGAGUUCGGACCUACGGUCAAGAUAGACGUGUUCGAACCCGGCGAUGUCGGUGGAAGACUGGCGACGGCGCAGAUAGCAAACCAGGAAUAUGAAACGGGAGGUGUGGCGAUCCAUCCCCUCAACCUCCACAUGAAGCACUUUGUUGACAAAUUAGGCAUCUCCACACGUCAGGACGUCCCGUCGAAAAAGGCGGUCUUUGACGGCAGUGAGCUCGUUUUCGAAGAGAGUGACUGGUUCAUCGUAAACUUCUUGCGCAUGCUGUGGCGCUAUGGGCUCAACUAUCUGUUCAUGCAGAUGUGGGUGGAGAGUGUUAUGGAUAAAUUUAUGAGGAUCUACCAGUACCAGCAGUACGGUUACUCCUUCACCAGCGUGGAGAGGCUUCUGCACGCCAUGGGAGGGGAUGACUUCCUCAGCCUGAUGAAUCAUUCGCUGGAGGAAACCAUGAGAGCCGAAGGAUUUCCGCAGAGCUACCUCAACGACGUGGUGGCUCCCCUCACGCGCCAAACCUACGGCCAAAGCGUCCGCAUCAACGGCCUCGCGGGGGCUGUGUCAUUGUCGGGGUCUGACUCAGGCCAUUGGGCUGUGGACGGAGGCAACAAAAGAGUUUGCUCAGGACUUCUUUACCACAGCAAGAGUGAACUCAUCCGAGCCAGCGUGACCAACAUUUUGUUCAAAGUCCGCCCUUCCAAGACAGGGCCCUCCGUUGGGUUCUAUGAGGUCAAUUAUGUUGGAGACACCGGUGCAGGGCACUCCAUGUAUGACAUCGUUGUCAUAGCAACCCCACUUCACCAGGGCAAGUCUGACAUCUUGUUCUCAGGUCUAUCUCCGCCCGUGAUGUCCCAUUUCCCAGGCAUCUACCACCGAGUGUUCUCCAUUCUGGUCCACGGCGUGCUUAACACGUCCUACCUUGGAGUCACACGGCCCCCUUCGGAAUUCACGGUGUCUGAAGUUCUCACCGCAGAUUCCAAAGAACACAUCAUGUACAGUUUAACAUCUGUCGAUCCGGUCCACAUCCCGGCCGGCUACAGCCGACCUUCCGCCAGCCACAGCAAAGUUUGGAAAGUGUUUUCUUCACGAGAGCUAGACCAAGAGGACCUGCGUCGUUUGUUCCUCUCGUGGGAUUCGGUAUCACAGACUCCAUGGCUGGCCUACCCCACUUACCGCUCCCCACAACGCCAGACCCCGCCUUUUAUCCUCCACAGCAGACUCUACUACCUCAGCGCCGUGGAGUGGGCAGCCAGCUCCAUGGAGAUGAGCGCCAUCUCAGCCAGGAACGUGGCGUUGCUGGCGCACCACCGCUGGCACCAGCAGAAGGGCCGGAUCGACCAAGAGGACCUGCACACGCGCUUGCGGGGGGAACUCUGAAGCACAAGGCAUUGGCCCGAAAACAUCAGGUAUUUGGUUGGAAUCAGGGUCAGAUUUAUUUUCGGCAACAGAAUUAUUAUUAUUAAGUGAUGAUUUGCCAAAAAUAUGUCUUUUUAUCGCUUCCAGAUGAGCUGCUAGUCUGCAAAGUGGCACCUACAGCGUAGGCAAAAUAUUGUGCCGUUUUUUCUCAUUGGGUCCGUAGAACAUUUAGAGUCCUGUAAUUAAUUUAACAUUGAUUUAGUCGUUUUUUUCUUAAAAACAAUCUUUACAAUAUGUGUGCCCUCUCUUGUCUAAUUCUGAUUAUUAUCGCCUUUGUGGAAUAUGAGUUAAGCAAAAAUGGCCGCCCCCAGGAAUGGAUAAUAACGGGUCGUUUUUUAAGUUUUAUUUAUAUUCCACAAAUACAAUAUUAAUCAAAAUGUUUUUUUUCUUUUCCAUCACUGGUUUCCAUCUCAAGUAGACCUAUUAUGAAAAUUCAACAAUUUUUCAUCAUUUAGAUUGAACUUUGCUUCACUUUAAAAGCGCCCCCAUACACGUGUUCGUUGUUUCUGAAGUCAGCCUCACAAGAAUGAAAGGCACGUUUUGCGGAAGUUAUUAAGCAACACUUACUACUCCAAACUACUAGUUGUGGUUUUCUUUGUUCCUAACAGGCGUGACUGCAUUGCACUGACAUGAAUUGCAAUAAAUUACUGAGCCACGUGGAAUUGUAGCGUAGAGCCCAACCUAUAUGAGUUU